AUGAAAGAUAUGAUCCACACUGACAAUAAGGUCAAGGAGGUUAGCGUUGCUCUAAGCACUGCAUACUCUAAAGGACUGCUUAAAUCUGACAAACGAGUCCUGCUAACUGGCUGCGACAUUGAUGGACUGCCCAGAGGGAAAACGGUGAUGCUCGAAAAAAUCGAAAAGUCGAUGGACGAUGGGUUUGGAUUCUGUGGAGUGCUGUUUGGAUGGGACCAACACGAUGCUUUAGUUAAACCUCCUCCUCCGCUACUUGCAUCGGAUUCGGGGUUUUCAGAUAUCCUGGCCAAGAUCGACCCGUCCUCCAUGCGUCGUAUACCCUGGAACAACAAUCAGCCCAUGUUCCUGGUCGAUUUCUAUCAUCCUACCACUGGAAAACCUCUAGCCAUGUGUCCUCGCAAUCUGUUGAAGCGGAUUGUAGGCGAAUUCACUGCUGCUGGGUUGCGUCCUCUUGCUGGCAUGGAGUAUGAAUGGUUCAAUUUUCAAGAAACUCCUGAUACUCUGGCUCAGAAAAAAGGCCCUGGUGUUUAUGAAGCUGCAUUAAAGUAUACAGACGCGCUGGAGCUCGCUGAUCGCGCACAUGUAUUCAAAAUGGCAGUCAAGCAGAUCGGUUUGAACCAUAAAGUUACUUGUUGCUUCAUGGCAAAGCCACACCAAGAUCAGCCUGGUUGUUCUGGUCAUAUUCAUAUCAGUCUGGCAUCACUUGAAACUGGAGCAUCACUGUUUGCUAUGCCCAAAAACUCCGAUACUGCUGUUAGUGAUGUGGAUGCUACAAUGACUCCUACCAUGCAAAAAUUCAUUGCUGGUAUUUUGCUUGGGCUGCCUUCUAUCAUGGCUAUUAUGGCUCCUACCAUAAACAGCUAUAAACGACUUGUGGAAAACUAUUGGGCUCCGCUCACUGUUUCGUAUGGCCAAGAAAAUCGUACUACUUCUAUUCGUAUCAUUGGUCCACCGCUCAAUUCACCUGAAUCAACUCGUAUUGAAGUACGUGUUCCUGGAGCAGAUGUCAAUCCCUAUCUUGCAGUUGCAGCCAUUCUUGCAUGUGGUAUGCACGGUAUCCGUAACAAUCUCUCUUUACCCUUUCCUCCUGCAAAAGGCGAUGUGACAAACCAAGAUGCUAAACUUUUGCCACGGACAUUGUUGGAUGCUGUUCAAUGCAUGCAAGAAAAAAAUAGCAUGGCUCGUCUAGUCUUGGGUGACGAGUUUGUGGAUCACUUUGUUGCUACAAGAUUGCACGAGCUGCGGUUGUGGAGUAAUGCUGUUACCGAUUGGGAAAUCAAGCGAUACAUGGAAACAAUCUAA